AUGUCGGCCACACACCGACACAACUCGAGGCUGCAAAACGCCUCGGUCACAUCUCUCCGUCGUGGUCCGCAAAGAAGGGACAGUGGCCGUCGUAGCGAUGGUUCAGUCACAUCUUCAGGCCGUGAGUCCAUCGGCACCGGUCUGACUGAGCCUCCUGCCUACUCCAAGAAGUUUGUCGUCGUCGGUGACGGCGGCUGCGGUAAGACGUGUUUGUUGAUCAGCUACAGUCAGGGUGUCUUCCCUGAGGUGUGUCUCCCUGCCACCAGCGUCCUCGGAUUGCAACUAACCCGGCCUACAGNNAAAUACGUCCCCACCGUCUUCGAAAACUACAUCACCCACUGCGAGCACAAGCCCUCGGGCAAGAUUGUCGAACUGGCUCUCUGGGACACGGCUGGACAGGAAGAGUACGACAGACUGCGCCCUCUAUCGUACCCCGAGACCGAUUUGCUCUUCGUUUGCUUCGCCAUCGAUUGCCCAAACUCGCUUGAAAAUGUUAUGGACAAGUGGUACCCCGAGGUCCUUCAUUUCUGCCCAACCACUCCGAUCAUCCUCCUUGGUCUCAAGUCCGACUUGCGCAACAAACGCACCUGCAUCGACCUUCUCAAAACCCAAGGACUUACCCCCGUCACAACCCACCAAGGCCAGGCCGUCGCCAAGAAGAUGGGUGCCCUUUACAUGGAGUGCAGCAGUAAAGAGAUGACCGGUGUACACGAGAUUUUCGAAGCCGCAAUCAACACCGUUGUCGCCGAGGCUGAGGGUCUGAACCCUUCUCCUCCUGCCAGUCGUGGUAGUAUCACUGCUGGAAACUCAUNNCAUCGCAGCAACCUCAGCAAAAACGUCCCCAGACCUCCAGCAGACCCUCGGACAAUCCCACCCCAAUGA